CCCCCUCGACUUUUGGAGUGACUGCAGUGUCGGUGUUGAUGUUAUGGCUAACAGAAACCCAAGCCUGCCUCUCCCUUUCAUGCGUCACACCCAGCAUCUGGAUUGUGCUGGUCCGAGAAGCUAGCCUGGUCGUUGCUAAGCAGCAAUGGAGUGGCUGGGCAACUCCGACCCCAGUUAUUAUGAAGAAGGUGACAGUAAGGACCGAUCCGGUCGUCGAAUCGGAGUCCACGCCCACCAUCAGACUGUGACUGCUGACCUUUGUGACAAUGCAAUGGCAUCACUAUGCAAGAGCCAGCAGCGUUGUGUAAAGGCCUCUGUCGUCUCCAGCUGGACUCUCGUUGAAGCUCAGGAAAAGCUUUGUUCUUUAGGGGUUCACAGCUCUGAGUCUCGAGAGCAGGAACAUGCUAGGACUCACACCUGCCCCACUCAUCUGUCAAGUACAGUCGAGGAGUGGCGUCACAAGGAGAGCUUGCUGGGAUGCCAGGGACCCAGCCGCAGCCCUGAGUUAGGAACAGUUCGAAGCUGGAGUGUCUUCGAUAAGAGUAUUAUCAAUGCUUCAAAUAGUUCAACAGAUAUGGAGCAGGAUGAGUGUAAAUCUUUUAUCCAAAAGUAUGAAAAAGAUGUAAGACAUUUUGGUAUGCUGCGACGGUGGGACGACAGUCAACGAUUCCUGUCGGAACUGCCCCAGCUCAUCAGUGAGGAAUCUGCAAACUAUUUGAUUUUAUGGUGCAUCCAACUGCAGCAGGAAGGGAAAGAAGCUUUGAUGGAGCAGGUGGCACAUCAGGCUGUAGUCAUGCAGUUUAUCCUGGAGACGGCGUCAAACUCACAGCAGGAUCCCAGAGGCUGCUUCAGACAGUUUUUCUACAAAGCUAAAGAAGGACAAGAUGCCUACUUGGAUGUCUUCCACACGGAGCUUGAGGCCUUUAAAUAUAGACUCAGAGAGCAUGUUUUGAAAUCUAAAGACGAUGCGUCUCACAAUGGAGACUUUAAAGAUAGUUUCACCAAUUUCAGGGUCGACAAAGGAGAAGCCAAGGACCGUCCUGUAAGUACACUUCUGACUGAAAGGAAACAAAACAAACGGGGCAGACAGAGCAGAACAGACAGUAGACGUUUAAUAUCAGCAGUAAGCCGUUUCAACCGCUGGAGAGUGCCAUUGAGUAAGAUAUUUUUGUCUCACUGCAGCUGUGAUGAAUUGAUAAUUUCUGCUUUAACGUGACUAUGUGGCAUAUUCACGCGAAAGGCCUUGAUGGCCUUUACCCUAAGUAAUGACUGUUACAUGCUUGAGUUCUGGAAGGAGGUCAAGAGAACUUAUUCUGAUGUGGAACUGCCAAUACAAAGCAAGUAUCUUUUGCCUGUCCGGUGUUUGUUUUCUUUUGUUUUUUGCAUACUGCCCACCUACUUACCUACAACAAUGUGCACAUCAAAUGUAUCUAUAGUUACAUUGUAUUGUGCCAUAAUACAUAAGCAGAUUAGGCCCGCAGGAAUCCACAGUAUUGCCAAUAACAAGAACAGCAGGAUGGCACUGAUGCAAUGUAGUUCUUGCUGUACAAGUACCAUUCAGUAAUAGGGCUGCACAAUCAGUUUUGAGCAUCGUCGUUUGUGCACAUUUGCGAUAGUGACAUCUCAGGCCAGUGCAAUAUCUUCCUGCUUUUUUCUGACUUUUCCACUUUCAUUUCACUUCAAUUCAUUCAAUCACUGAUACAUUUGUUUUCCCGAGAGGUUUGUCAUUGCGAGCCACUGAGCCAUCACUUCUCAGACAGGUUUGUGUUCAUAUCGCAAUAUAUGUAUCCUUAUGAAUAAUAAAUCACAAAGUCCAGUUUUUUUUCAAUAUCGUGCAGCCCUAUUCAGUAAUAUAUGGUACUUGUUUAUUUGACUUGGUAGAGAAGUGAGGAAUGUACAAGAACCUAAAUUUUAAAGACGAGUUCCAAUGAUGUGUUCCCUUUAAGAAACUGUAAAAGGAAGUGAAUGGGGCCUCUCCCCCUUCUGGUGGCCCCAUGGCCGGAGUGGAUGCCAGAGAACAGCUUGGAGGAGAAAACCCUCUUUAAAAUCCCUGGAGUGUAGCUGCAUGUGGAAUUGGUAUCUUAAUUGAUUUGAAUCGUUUUCUUUGAUAACACAUUUAUACUUGGCUUAACAUUAUUAGGAUGCAGACAGACCAUCCACAUGAACAUAAGGCUUGAAUAGCUGCUCUGGUUACCCUAUUCAAACUUUGGUUGCUUGUUGACCCGGUUUACCAAGCUUUUUCACAAAUAUUGUAUUAACAUUUAAACCCUGUACCAGGCAGCAAUAGGUUAAUCCCGCAAUUGAUGGUCUCAGUUGUCUUUUAGUUUUAAUUCCAGUACUCCACUAACACUAUGCUUAUUUACUCCUUCCACCAGGUGGCAGAGUUUUCUACGAAGCCCUGUGUAGAUGCAGGAAUUUGGACAAACGCAGUGAGGUGGACUAAAGAUGAAAGUACAGAUUCAGAAGACGGUCGCAUGAUGGAGACCUCAUAGGGACGUUGGAGUACAGAGUUGCUUAUUCAUACACUUGGAUCUCCCUCGCUGUGUUGGGUGGACCUUUCCCAGAGUAACAGAGAGAAAGGGUCACAAAAACCAUUCGAAUUGUCAUGACAAAAUAUAAUUUCUCUGUUGUCAUAAAUCUGUCGUCACCGCUAUAACACAUCAACCAAAUCUAUAAAACAAAAGUUUGCUAAUCCUUUGGAGAGUAAUCAUGUACUCAUCAAGAUGUUUUAGUAGGUCGAGUUGAACUCGAUCUUCUCUUUCUCAGUGGAGUUUUGAAAAUGUUGAUGAUGUUGAAAUGGUUCUGAUGACAGAUAAUCUGUGCCUUGUUCUAUUCUGGACCUGAUAUGAGAGUGGGUAUUUCAUAAAUGUUAUCAAUAUGAUUUCUGCCGUUGUCUGCUGUUGUUUGGGCUAACCAAGGUCAGAUGAGUAUUACAUAUAUUCUGGGCUAUUUUUAUCAGCAGUGAUCCCAGAAGUGGUGUUAGAAUGUGAUGCAAUGUGAAAUCACCGUGAUCUGGGGCCUGUAUAAGCCUGUGUUCAUUUUGGAAAACUCGAAAAACACUGAGAAGCUGCCAAGGAACUCAUUUCUUAAGACAAAAACUCAGCGUACAAUCAAAACCGGGCUUGCAACAGAAAAAGUCCACUGGUGACAUUUCAUGUUCUUCUGUUUCGUCUUUUUUUUUUUUUUUUUUUUUUUUUUUAAAAUGUGUGUAUAUGCGUCCAUGGCCGUUUCACAGCUUUUGUUGUGCUUCCACCCAUGGCAUCAAUCCUGAAUGAACAUUAAAAAUGUCUGUUGGAGAGUGAGCUGCUGUGUGACACAAUCAGUUACUGCAUGUUUCCAUCAUCUCUUGGCGUAAACGGUUGUUUUUCAAAGUGCUGAAACAGCAUCACAAAUACUUGAUUGAGUUUUUGCCUUGUUUCCAUGAAUAUUUUGGAACCUCCUGGCACAAGUGCAGUACAGCAGAAGGGAGAAAAGUAGUCAAAUCCCAUGGGGAGUUGGCAACAGCUCAUAAUAGUCCUGUUGUCAAGAUUUCCUAAUCAUCAAGUGUUUGUGAAAUAUGAGAGUCUGUUCACUGAACUAAGUGUAGCACAGGUAAACAUGUUGAGUAAACAUGCUGAGAAGUGGUGAGAAAGCUGACCACUUUGUGUUGUCUUAUUUAGUUAAAUGUGCUGGCACAUGUAUUGCAGUGUUGACGGUAGCCAGUUUAAGAAAUGGGCUCUUGACCUUGAUGAUGCUGUGCUGCCUAUGCUAUGAGCUAAUGAACAAGUGACGAUAUGUAAGCACCUUCAUCAAUAUUAACAGACAAGAUAAACACCAAAAAUGAUCAGUGUAAAUCAAGGUUUAUUUUCAUCAAUAAAUACACAACAGCUGAACAAUGAUUAAGGUUGUGUAAAAGAUUCAUUUUGAAAUAGGCUGGUGUGUCUCAGGCACUUAAACGCUUCUCUCUGAUAUCCCUUUAUGCACAAAAUUUGAAUGAGCGGCAUUGUAACUCGUACGAAUAAAAAAUGAAACAUCAGUGGUCAGCCUGUUAUUUAUCCCUACUCUAUGUUUAGUAUUUACAUUCAGUGUCGGGGGUCAAAUGUGAAAGGCACUGGAGUGCAAAAGUUAAAAGUGGAGAUUUCCCCUCAACGCAAACUCCACUGGUUAAAUAAUGGAAUGGCAUCAAUUUUAUCUGUCAGUAUGAAGUAUCCCUGUUACUCACAAA